CAAGGAUGUUUGUGUUGCUUUACAUUACAAGUUUUGCCAUCUACACAAGCGAACAACCUCUUCAAAGCCAGUUCAAAGGAGAAAAUUACUACACCAGAUACAUCUGUAGCAUCCCAGGUUUGCCAGGCCCUGCAGGUCCCCCUGGAGCCGGUGGAUCCCCGGGGCCACAUGGACGCAUUGGUCUUCCAGGAAGAGAUGGCAGAGAUGGCAGGAAGGGAGAAAAAGGUGAAAAAGGGAGUGCAGGUUUAAGAGGAAAGACUGGGCCAUUAGGACCAGCUGGAGAGAAAGGAGACCAAGGUCAGUCUGGUAAAAAAGGACCUGGAGGAUUGACUGGUGCCAAAGGUGAAGUAGGUCCAGCUGGACCACCUGGACCUAAGGGAGAUAAAGGAGACCGAGGAGACCCAGGUGCACCAGGGGUCUGUAAGUGUGGACAGAUAGUGCUGAAAUCUGCCUUUUCUGUUGGCAUCACCACCAGCUACCCAGAGGAAAGAUUACCAAUUGUAUUCAAUAAAGUCCUCUUCAAUGAGGGGGAGCAUUACAAUCCUUCCACAGGGAAAUUUAUUUGUGCUAUCCCAGGGAUUUAUUAUUUUUCUUAUGAUAUCACUUUAGCAAACAAGCAUCUUGCGAUUGGGCUGGUUCACAACGGGAAGUACCGGAUAAAGACAUUUGAUGCCAACACAGGCAACCAUGAUGUAGCUUCUGGAUCCACAGUGAUCUACCUUCAGCCAGAAGACGAAGUAUGGCUUGAGAUCUUUUACAAUGACCAAAACGGUCUCUUUUCUGAUCCAACGUGGGCAGACAGUUUGUUUUCUGGAUUUCUCUUAUACGUUGAUACAGAUUACCUUGACGCUUUAUCGGAUGAAGAUGAGCUCUGAAACAGAUGAUGUCAAGUGACAUUCAACAGGACACUCCAGCACAGGAUUUUAUCUAGCUGCAUGGGGGGGACACAGUUAAAAAAAAAAAAGCGCAAUCUGGGAGUUUAUUUUUGCUUUGAAAAGAACCAAAUCCGAGCUAUAAGGGUCUUUCUAGAAUCUAAGCUGGAUACCAAACAGCACGGAUACCCAAAGGAACUGUAAUUAACAAAAGAAUGCAUCACUCCAGGAAUGACUCCUCCUGAAAGUUAUGUUUAUAAUGCUAUUUAAACAAACUUAAGAUACUGUACAUUGGAUUUUAUAUAAAAUAUAUUAAGUUGCAAUAUAGAAUGGAUAUUUUGUAUAUGACAUUAAAGUAAAAUUG